AGACUCCUACUAUCAGGAUAUGCCAAAAGAACUUUUAAAUAUAUCACCUUUAUAUUCUUUAGUUGGUGUAUAUAGGUUAAUAACAGAUGAAAAAGUUAGAAAUCCUAUAUGGUUAAUAUGCCGCAAAGGUUUAGCUAGAGGUGCAAUUUCUGCUUUAUUAUGGUCAUUAUCGACGUGGAAAAUACAAAAGAAAAUCGUUGCUACUUUUAUGAGUAAUAGUCCAAAAGUCUUACAAUACACAACAAAAGCACUUGAAAAUCAUAUACCUUUACUUACUUUUGCUACUUUUAUGUUUGUCAGUGCACAAGCGACUGCUAUAUUGCAGUUCUUACUUUACAAACGUAUCGCCGAAUCGAAGAAGAUUGCAUACGAUUUAACAAUCCAAUCACGCGCGAAAUCAGACUCAUUUUGGGGUCCAUACGUUGAAGAGUACAACUUAGAGACUGAAUCAGGAAAGCAACUCAAAUUACGCGCUGAAAAGUUAGCUACAUCCAGAAAGACCGGCUGGAGAGGUCUCUUUGAAGGUCAAAAACGAUCAAAAUUGUUAAAUCUGUUCAUUACAAAGGUUAUAUUACUCCCAUUGGAUGUGCUUCCAGGUGUCGGUUUACUUUUGGGUGCUGCACUUCGCUCAGUUGCUCUCGCACGCCGUCUCCUUAAACCAUACUUUGUCAAAAAAGGUAUGACAGCAUACGAACAAGAGUUGUUUAUUCAAGAGAGAAGUUUCGAAUUAAGAUCAUUUGGUUUCAUGGCUGCCCUCCUUGAACGCCUACCAAUUGUGGGGCUCCUCUGUUCAAUCGCAACACCAAUUGCGGCAGCCAUGAUGAGUGUAGAUUUCGAGAAGAGACAAAACGAAUUACGCGGUAAAAGUGACGCUGACAAGGAGAGAUACGAAAAUACACACGUCGAUUCACUCAAACAUCGUAGCAGAUCUCACGACACAGAUAAUGUAACACUACCAGGAACGUUGUAAAUAAAGAAAGUGUAAUGGAAUAAUGACAAAUGAAGGUAAC